AUGGGCUUAACAAGGAAUGGAAACAAAAUUAAAUAUAUGAAAUCUGUACCUUUUAAAAUAAAAGCUAUUCGUGAAAAUAGAACCGAAUCACUUAAAAAUUUGAAAGUUCAAACUAUAAAAAUGAAGCAAGCUUCUGAGAAUCGUUUUUGUCCCGGCGAAGUUGGUCAGUCAGUAACGGUCAAAAUUCCAGACGUUGAUAGUGAUUUUAGAAACAUUAUUGGAGUUAUUCUUUCAGUUAACAAUAAUAUGUACGAAAUCGGGACCAAGGAAGGCCGCUUUUCAACUCUGUACAAUAGAAACCAAUUUGUAAUUUGCAAAGAAAGAUUUCUGGAAGUUGAUGAUACCAAGAUUUCACUCAGAGGGGCAGCACGGAAAUCUUCAAAUUUGGGUGGUCAGAGCUACGAUCGAUGUACAUGUAUACAAAAAUGUAAAACACGGAAGUGCAAGUGUAAAGCAGCGGAGCGGCUAUGUUCAUCAAAAUGUCACGGAAGCAGUACAUGCGACAAUAAGUGA